AGAGGAAGGGGGGGGGUGGGAAAUGACCAAAAGGAGGGAAAUGACCCCAAAAUAGUGUCCUUCCCACAGAUCAUGGAGGGAAAACACCAGGAGGGGCCGGAGGUGCGAGGGCACCGGGGUAAACGCCGCCGGCUGCCGGGCCGGAUCUUGGUGGCCGCCGCCGCCGUCGCCGCUGCCGGGCUCGUCGCUGGUGCUGUCGCCACCGCCGCUUUGCUGGCAGGUGCGGGGGCCGGGGGCUGCGGCUGCCCCCGGGGCUGGUUGGGUUUCGGGGGUCGCUGUUACCUCUUCUCCGAGGAGGAAGGCAACUGGAGCCGCGGGUUGGGGCGCUGCCGGGAUUUGGGGGGGUCCCUCACCCCCCUCGACACCCCAGAAGAGAAGACGCUGCUGGCACGACACAAGGGUCCUCCCCACCACUGGGUCGGGCUCUGGAAGGACUCGCAGCACCGCUGGCGCUGGGCCAACGGCUCCCACUCCCAGCCCUGGUUCACGGUCCGCGGCGCGGCCGACUGCGCCUACCUGGGGGACGCGGACGUGCAGACGGCCAGCUGCGCCUCCGAGAAGCACUGGAUCUGCGCCCGGCCGCCCGCCUGA